AUGCUGAGGUUACGACGGUCUCUAUGUCUAGUCUUGACGUUCUGGUUCGUGUGUAUUUCCGGUUCGGUUCAAUUUGUUCGAGCCCAAAAUCAAACCGGAACCACUACUCAUCCUGGAGACGCGCGCGCGCUAAACACGAUUUUCAAAGCGUGGAAUAUAACGGCGAUGCCUUCGUGGAACAUAAGCGGCGAGCUUUGCAGCGGAGACGCCGUCAACGACGCCGUUACUCUGGAAAGCAUUGAUCAUAACCCUUUCAUCAAAUGCAACUGUUAUUUCGAAAACGGCACCGUUUGUCGCAUCGUCGCAUUGAAGGUUCAAGCAAUGGAUAUCAAAGGAUCAAUUCCUGAAGAGCUUUGGACUCUGGUUUACAUGACAAGUUUGAACUUGAAUAAGAAUUUCUUGACUGGUCCCCUGUCUCCUAGCAUUGGAAAUCUCAACCUUAUGCAGUGGAUGACUUUUGGAGUCAAUGCAUUGUCUGGACCAGUUCCUAAAGAAAUCGGACUGCUUACUGAUUUAAGAUCACUUGCGCUUGAUAUGAAUAGUUUCUCUGGCUCUCUACCGGCAGAGAUUGGAAAAUGCACUAGGCUACGGAAAAUGCAAUGUUUUUCGAGAUGUACAAAGAUUGAUGAGACUCAUGUUUAUGACAGUUACAUCGCAAGUUCAGGACUUACCGGUGAAAUCCCUUCAUCAUUUGCUAAUCUUGUCGAGUUGGAAGAGGCUUGGAUUAAUGAUAUCCAACUCACAGGUCAGAUACCAGAAUUCAUAGGAAAGUGGACAAAGCUUUCUGCAUUGAGACUUCUAGGGACUAAUUUGAGUGGUCCAAUUCCAUCGUCAUUCGCCAACUUAAUUUCUUUGACAGAAUUGAGACUAGGUGAUAUAUCCAAUAGCAACUCCUCUCUUGAAUUCAUCAGGGACAUGAAAUCUCUUGGUGUCUUAGUAUUAAGGAACAAUCAUCUUAUAGGCUCAAUACCUUCAAAUUUCGGAGAAUAUGUGCAUCUGCGACAACUUGAUUUGAGUUUCAACAACCUAACUGGGGAAAUUCCAGCGUCUCUUUUCAGCUCAAGCCAACUUACUCACUUGUUUCUUGGAAAUAACAAGUUGAGCGGUUCCUUGCCCACUCAAAAGAGUUCCUCUCUUGUCAACAUAGACGUCUCAUACAAUGAUUUAGCAGGGAGGCUUCCUUCUUGGGUUAGCCUACCUAACUUGCAACUUAAUCUAAUUGCCAACCACUUUACAUUGGGAGGUUCUGACAGAAGGGUUUUCCCGGGACUGAACUGCCUCCAGAAGAAUUUCCGCUGCAAUCGAGGCAAAGGAGUAUAUUUCAACUUUUCUGUCAAUUGUGGAGGUCCAGAAAUGAGAUCUAGGAGUGGAGCGUUGUAUGAGAAAGAUGAAGAAGCGCUUGGACCAGCUUCAUUUUUCGUAAGUAAAGCGCUGAGAUGGGCAGUUAGCCAUGUAGGACUGUCUAUUGGGAGUAACAGUAAUCAGUCAAUCGCUUUUUCUACUACACAAUUUGCAAACACUUCGGACUCGGAGCUUUUUCAGUCAGCGAGACUGUCUCCAUCAUCUCUAAAGUAUUAUGGACUGGGGCUAGAAAAUGGUGGCUAUACUGUAACAGUUCAGUUUUCUGAAAUACAAAUACAAAGUUCUAGGACCUGGAGAAGUCUUGGAAGCAGAGUUUUCGACAUAUAUGUCCAAGGAGAACUUGUUGAAAAGGAUUUCAAUAUACGUAGAACACCUAACCGAGUGGUUCAAAGAGCAUAUAAAGCAAAUGUAUCUGAGAAUUACCUAGAAAUACAUCUUUUCUGGGCAGGAAAAGGGACAUGCUGUGUUCCUUUACAAGGGACUUAUGGGCCGUUAGUCUCAGCAAUCAGUGCAACUCCAGGAGCAGGGAUGAUAAUAAGUAUCUUGGUGUUCGCUCUCAUUCUAGUCAUCCGUAGGAAAAGAAAAAGAGCGGCGAAUGAAGAAGUGCUACUUAGUUUGGACGUAAAGCCCUACACAUUUAGUUGCUCGGAGCUCAAAACUGCAACACAAGAUUUUGAUCCUUCGAACAAGCUUGGAGAGGGAGGAUUUGGACCUGUUUAUAAGGGGAAACUCAACGGUGGAAGAGAGAUAGCCGUGAAGCAAUUAUCAGUUGCAUCCAGGCAAGGAAAAGACCAAUUUCUUGCGGAGAUUGCUACUAUAUCAGCUGUUCAGCAUCGCAACCUUGUAAAACUGUAUGGAUGUUGCAUUGAAGACGAUCAACGUUCGCUUGUAUAUGAAUAUCUCUCAAACAAAAGUCUAGAUCAAGCUUUAUUCAAGGAAAAUAGUUUGCAACUUAAUUGGUCAGACCGUUUUGGGAUAUGCUUGGGAGUAGCCAAAGGUUUAGCAUAUUUGCAUGAAGAGUCAAGGCUACGUAUAGUGCACCGAGAUGUAAAAGCAAGCAAUAUCCUUCUCGACUCAGAUCUGAUCCCGAAAAUCUCUGAUUUCGGGUUGGCAAAACUGUAUGAUGACAAGAAGACACACAUAAGUAGCAGAGUUGCAGGAACAAUUGGAUAUCUUUCACCAGAGUACGCAAUGCUUGGACACUUAACUGAGAAAACCGAUGUGUUUGCCUUCGGUAUCUUGGCUCUGGAAAUUGUCAGUGGGAGGCCAAACUCUUCACAAGACUUGAAUGAUGAUGAAAAGUACCUUCUCGAAUCGGCAUGGAGCCUACACCAAAGGAAUAGUGAUGUAGAACUAGUAGAUCCGGAUCUAACACUAUUUGAUGAGGAAGAAGUUAAACGUGUGAUGGGUGUGGCUUUCUUAUGCACACAAACGGAACAUACAAUACGACCAACGAUGUCACGAGUGGUGGGAAUGUUGAUAGGUAAUGUGGAGGUAAAUGAAGCUAAUGCAGAGCCAGGCUAUUAUGCCUCUGAGAGAACGUUUGAGAAUGCCAUGAGCUUUGUAGAAACAAGAAACCACUCAACCACAAUCCCACUCAAAAUCAAUGAUGCUAACGGUGCAUUUUAG